UGUAUGUUUUGCAGUGAGGGGAAGGUGAAAAAUCCCCGGAUAAGACAGUAAACAAGAAGCAUGAGAGAGUGUGAGAAGAGAGAGUGAGGUCUGUGCGGCUGCUGAGAGGAGGAAAACACCGCGACGCUGCUUCAUGUGGAGAGAAACACAGAGGCUCCAUCCAGCACUUGACGGGGAUGUGGGAAGGAGGCUCCAGGGAAUUCUGUGUAAGAGAGAAAAGGGACAAAUAAAGCCCACGGGAUCGGAGGACUGCAAGAAGCCUGCAAAGGCAGGGAACUGCAUCCUUCACAGCCCUGCCUGCUUUCACUGUGGUGGACAUUUCAAACCGCUCCGUUCUCGGCCACCCAGGAGAGGUGAUGCAGGAUUAAAUCACAUGCUCCCUCAAGAGUGAUCCCAAACCACUGCUGAGGCCUCAUUCUCCAGCCCUUAAGGUGCUCUUGACUCUUUAGCAGAGGUUGGUGGGAUACAAAUGUGGAAGAACGCUGAUCAACAUUAGACACAGUUAAUCGUUUUUCAGUGAGGGUGCAGGGGAAAAGGCCCAGCCACGGCCCACGAGAGGCAGACGACUCCUGCAGUGACAGAGGAGAUGGGUAACAAAAACACCAAAGGCCCUGAAGCCGAGGCCACACAACGAGACGAAGGGGAACUCAUCAGCAGUGCCACGGAAAGUGUCUCCAGAGAUGAAUCACACGGCCCCACCCCAGAGCUGCUGGCCUCCCUGCAAUCCCUCGGAGAAAACAACGACUACACGCUGCUGCCACACUCCUUGCACCAGAUUGCAGAGGCCUACUCACUUAAACAGGACUACCAGUGGGCCAUCCAGUUCUUACAGCUAGAGAAGCUCUACCAUGAACGCCUGCUCUCCAACCUCACAGUCCUGCAGGAGAACUGGGAGAGCCAAGGGAGGGAGAAGGACAGCGGCAGCAGCUCGCCUGCUGAGACAGACGGCAUGAGCGAGAAACACUUUGAGACGCUGAGCCAGAUGUGCAGAACUCACCUCAGACCAUCCAUCAGUGUGGAACAGCAGAACAAGCUCAACACGACACUCGCAGACGUUCAGACCAAAGCACUACAGCCGCAUCAUGAUGAAGCCAACACGUCAGAAACUACGCACCAGGAGGAAGUAAAGGAACACAGCUUGAUUUUGGAGUCAGAGCAUUCAUCACCGCAGACGGGCUGUGAGGAGGAGGACGGAGAUACAUGUGAGGAAGGGCAGGAAGUAGAAGAAGAAGAAGAAGAAGAAGAGGAGCAGUGUGAGGAGACGCCAGAAGAGGAAGAGGUGAAAGUGGAGUGGCCAACAGGAGUACCUCAGGCAUCAGACAAGGACCUGGCCAAACUGUCCCACAAGGAGGGGAGCUCGUCCCCAGACGGUCUGGUUUCCAUCCUGAAAAGGAGGAGAGCAUCGCUGGACGGGUUACCUCCCCCAAGCAAUACUACUAAUAAACAAAAUUCCAAACGCAAAGUUCGGUUCAGUGAGCCGGAGGACGGGAGCGAGCACGAUGAGGUGGGCGGAGAUUCCUGCCUAAUCCUGCUGUUGCUGUGCCUCGUUACUGUGGUGAUCAGUGUAGGUGGGACUGCGCUCUACUGCACCCUGCUGGACACUUACUCCAACAUCUGCACCGAUUUCACUCACAAUGUCGACUUUUAUGUCAUGAACGUGCGGAGGCUCGUUGAAGGGCUCGGGCGCUGGCUGCCCUUUCGGACUUAACACCCUUAAUCUGCGUUAUCCAUCGUCCAGACAAGAACUCCCAACAAUGAGCGGCUGCAGCCGUGAGCUAACAUGACGGCGCGGGGACGAAAUGUUUAAAGCUUUGAUUUCUUCGACCAUGACUGAAGAGGCGUUUAAACAAAGGAUACUUGUGAAUUGUAAUUAAUAACUACACUGGUGCUUGUAGCAACACCGUACGGUAAAGUGGUCCGAAUUUCACCUCAGAAUCAAAACGUGGUGACGUGUGCAUGUAAGCAUUUAAAAAAAUACUUGUUUACUACGAUCUGUGUGGUUGCUAUAGAUACCACACGAGAGGGCUCACGUGUCUGUUUAUAUAAAAUCAGCAGUGCUCCGCUCUCGUUUGUAGCAGCAGCUGUAACUUUUGAUCAAUUUGUCUCAUAAGUUCCAGAUUUUUGUUGUUUUAUUUGUACUUGUGUAGAGAAAAGCUGUCGUUCAAAUCAACAGGAUCAUAUGUGUGUGUGUUUUUAGGAUGAUCAACCAAAUAAUGAUUUUCCAGCCCUCCCACUUUUUAUUUCAUAUUACCUUUAUUCUGCUAUCGAUAGUAUGGAGGACCAAAAAUGCCAAAAUAUAAAACCAUAUAGAAAUAAAAGACUCAGAGAAUGAGUUAAUGUGUCCCAAAGCUUCUUUUUGUUCUACAUCAUUAUGCAAAUUACUGCAGGAGUGAUAUUUAUCUCAGCAGUGGCUGCCAACGAUCGUCAAUUCAUUUGCAUCAUCUGCAAACUGGUGCAGAAAUGUGAAGUAAAAUUCACAUUGAAAGGGAAUAAAGUUUAAAAAAUACCUUAAUGAAUGCAAAAUUAAAUGCCAAGCUAAAUAUUAAGGAAAGUUAUGAUUAUUAUAACAAUUAUAAGGAUCUAUAUUUUACUUAAUAUUUUUCAUGAUACUUCAUACCUUUUUGCUUAAGUUAUUAUUUUGGCAGGUUUGGUCCUCCACACUGUAAGGGGUAAUAGCUGUGCGCUUACCUCCAUUCUUGUGGUUAUUCUCUAUGUUUCUCUUAUUGUAAUAUGACCAGAUGAAGAAGAAAUGUUAGACUGUGCUACACUAGAACCCUAUUCAAAAUAAUUGCAGCAUUUCAUAAUCCACAUUGAUGAAGCUUUAAAUGUAGAUUGAGGGAGAGUGGUUGGAAAUUCUGCAGACUUCUUUGUGGUCAUCACGGUUUGCCAUGUGCUGGUUAGUAACUUGAGAGCUGCUCCACAAUCUCAGGCACUUUCCCUGUGUCCAUACUUUAGGUGCUCGAUGUUUUCAUGGUUAUGUGUACAUGUGUGAACCUCUGUUCUAAGUCAUGAUUUGUGAUUACAAACAGGUCCUGAAUUCUACUGAAAGAGAGAAAAGGACUGUGUCUGCAUCUGGGACCAGAUCAAGUUCAAAAACAGGCAUGAGCUUUAUGGAGCAGCAGUUGUGUUUUUUGGCUGGUUCAAGCAACACAACAGAAACACACCUGUAGACUGUGUAUGUGACUGGAACCGAGAACAUGAAAGCAUGCUCCUUUAUCAUUCCCUUUAUAUGAACAUUUUUAUCUUCUCUUUCCUUUCCAACUUCAGAUGUUACAAAGUGACAAACGCUGCCUCUGUGUUGUCAGUGUGGAUAUGUUUACCAACAAGUGUUGCAUUAUGCAAUCCGCCUUUAUGUUUCUACAUGUCUGUUUAUUUGUGUCCACAAGGGAAUACAAAAACGAUUAAAUAACAAACAGCAACCAUUGUUUCCUUUUUAUGGUUACAACAAACAAACAAACAAAAAAUAAAGAUUUGUGGUCAAUUGUGAUUUACGUGGAUGUUUAUAUAGAUCUUUGAUCAUUUCCCUUUGUGUAAAAUCAGCAGCUACAGGCCGGUAGCCCUGACAUCGCAUCUGAUGAAGACCCUCGAGAGGUUGGUUCUAAACCAUCUGCGCCCCCUGGUGAGGUCUUCAUUGGAUCUGCUGCAGUUUGCUUACCAGCCUGGCAUUGGGGUGGAGGACGCCAUCAUCUACCUCCUGCACCGAGCUCUGACUCACCUGGAGAAGCCUGGAAGCACUGU